AAGAACCAAGAACCAGUUUCAAAAAUCAAAAGUCUUCUGCUUCACUGUAACACCAACUUUUUCUCUGCAAAAAAAGGAAAAUUGAAAUCCCUUGAGAAAUAGUCAAAGAAUUUUGCUAGAUCUUCACUCGAAAGAGCAAUGUACGAUCCCCAGCAUUUCGUCGAUUUACAAGAUAAUUCGGGUUUCGGGGACCCGAAAUCCUGGCUCUCCGGCGACGACAGCUCGUCCCCGACUCACAGUAGCCUUCAGUCCUUGCUCGCUAAUGCGGCUGACUCUCACUCUUCCGGUAACGGAAACGUGGAUCGCGUCCUCUUCAAUGACCUAGUCGAGAUAGUCCCUCUCGUCGAGUCCCUCAUCCAUCGGAAAGCAAGCAGUUCAUUUACAAGGCGGGGUUCCAUGUCUUACACCAAGACUCCUUCAAGAGAAUCUUUGUCCCGAAAAGUUAAUGAUCCAAGGGGCAAGAGUGCAGCUCAAUCUACUCUUGCAAAAAAGAAAAGGGACCAUGGAAAUAAAGAUCAAGGUAAGAAUGGCAGCACCAACCAAGAUGGCGAUCCGUUAACUAUUUCACCAAGGGCUUUGGCAGCUGAAAGGGAGGAGUUAAUUGCAUUAAGGGAGCAAGUGGAAGAUCUGCGGAGGAAAUUAGUGGAGAAAGAUGAACUACUGAGAUUAGCAGAAAUCUCAAAGGUUCAGAUGGAUAGUGUCCAUGCAAAGCUUGAUGAACUGAGACACCGAGUGGCAGAAAAGGACGCUUUGAUUAGGUCUACACAGUGUCAACUCUCUGAUGCAAAGAUUAAACUUGCAGACAAGCAAGCUGCACUUGAGAAGAUGCAGUGGGAGGCAAUGACAUCCCGUAGGAAAGCAGAGAAGCUCCAGGAAGAGCUAAACUCCAUGCAAGGAGACAUUUCCUCGUAUAUGCAGCUGUUUGAAGGGUUGAUGAAGAACAAUUCAACUAAAUAUUCUGAAAAUUAUGAUGUGACGCCUUACCGUUUUGAUCAUCUUCCUUAUCUUGAUGAUUUGGAUGAAAAGGGGAUGCGGAAAAUGGAAGAAGCCAGAGAAGCCUAUAUUGCUGCUCUUGCUGCUGCAAGAGAAAGGCUAGAUGAAGAAUCUUUGGCUGCUGCAGCAAGUGCAAGGUUGUAUCUCCAGUCACUUGUCUUCAGAUCCUAGUAUAUUAACACCAGGCAUGGGCUUUUACAGUUUGGGAUUUGAUGAGCUCCUUUGGUAGAAUUAGGCAUCUAGACUAAUUUGAAACAAAUGAAAAUUUUUGAAGAAUUCUUUUUGAAAUUCACUAUUAGUUCAAUUAUAAGGGGGGUGAAAUUCUAUCUAAAAUGAUAAAAGUUGAUUUUCCUGAAAAUCCCAGGUGAAAUUUGAGCAAUAAAUUUCAAAUUCUAUCAGAUUUGAAGAAUUUUUGAAUGCAGUAUUUCAAUUUCACUAGGAAUUCCCUAAAGUACCAAUUAUAUUAUCUUCUAAUAGAAUUUUCAUCCCUCAUAUUGAACUAAUUGUGCAUUUUGAAAUGAAUUUUGUAAAGUUUGUUAAUUUGUUUCAAACAUAGCCUUAAUUCUCUAGUUCCUUCAUCUGUUGAUACAAAAUCUAUACACUGCAAAACCUACUGUAACUUAUUCUUAUAUUUCUUCCUUCAAGGUUCUUGUAAUUGUAUGUGAAUCAACUUCGAUGUCCUUUUAUCCCAUGGUUUAUGGGUUUGUUCUUCUUACAAUUUUUUGUCUUUGGAUAUACUUUGAUAUGUAAAUGCAUGCAGAUUGUGUUUGCCGAGAAA